AUGCGUAAAAAAUUGGAAUGUUCUUGCGUAACUGUAGGAAGAGAAAUGUUAGCUCCGAGUAUUGAUUGUACUACUCGCUGGAAUUCAUCGUGCGAUAUGAUUGACAAAGGUUUGAAACUAGAAAAGGCUUUAAUUUUGUUAUGCGAGACUAACAUAGAUCUCCAAUCUUUUCAAUUAACAGACCGCGAUUGGUCUCUUUUGAGAACGUCAGUGAAAUAUUUGCGACUUUUUAAAUCUCUUUCCAAUAUUUUAUGUGGAGAAAAGUACAUUACGAUUCCACUGGUUAUAGUAGGAUUUAACAUGUUAAUCGAUAAAUUGGAAAAAUCUAUUAACGAUCUGAAUUUAAGGAAAAAUAAAAGUUGGGCUGAAACAAGUGUUGAAAGAGCUCUUCAAUCUGCUUACAAUAAAUUAAUGAAACAUUAUUCAAAAACAAAUUGGAUAUAUUGUGCUAUAUUAAUGUUGGAUCCACGGCAUAAAGAAGAAACCUUUUAUAUAACACCUUGGGGUAAGGAGAUGGCGAAAUGGGCAAUAGAAAAAUUGGAAGAAAUCUAUAGGAGCAGAUAUUAUCGAAUCGAAAAUAACGAAUUGGAAAAAAGUCAAUUAAUCGAAAAUUUAGAUAGUGACGAUGAAAUUAAUCCAUCUUCGCUGUUCACAUCUAGUGAUCAGAAAUUAAGUACUUCUCUUGUCGGUAAAGCUGUUAAAGAAAAUUGGCGAAACGAAAUCGAUUAUUAUUUAAGUUUAAAACGAGCGGAUAAAAAUGAAAAUGUUCUAAAAUGGUGGCAACAAUAUGAGCACAAGUUUCCAAAUUUGUCGCGGAUGGCAAAAGACUUUUUGAGUAUCCAAGCUACUUCUGUGCCAGUUGAGAGGUUAUUUUCACGUGCUUCUCUCACAAUAAGAAAGCAUAGAAACUCAUUGGGAAAAAGCACUGCACGUCAACUUUUAUGUCUAUACAGUUGGACUUCUCUGAACCAGUUUUCUGUUUUUAAAUUAUCGACCUAA